AUGGAUGGAACAAGUCGGGGAUUCAGCACGCUGAUUACGAUCUACUUAUUUCUUGUAAGUUAACGUUUUCCGAAUCCAAACAAACUGUUUUUAGAUUCUCUUGUGUUUCAACAGACUCUCGUCGGCAUAUCGGACGGCAAAUCGGAGGCCCAUCGAGCCGGAUAUGUUGUUUUUACAGAGACCAAAGUGAGUUCAAAAAGGGUAGUUUGGAGACAAGAUAUAAAUUUUGAAAUUUACGAAGAUGUAGUCUGAAGACUCAAAGUUCAAAUUAUAUGUUACGACGACUAACCACCGUUUUACAAUUCCAGAUUCUCACGAAUACGUCGAAUGGAGUCUGACUGCUCGAAUGAGGCCAAAUUAAACCCCGAACUCCAAGAGGCCAUAACUAGGAUGAUAACGGGCAAUGACGCCAAAGGAUAUCUGAUGAAGACUCCUCAUCUCAGCUUUGUAAAGCCCGAAAUCAACAAAGACAUGUGUGAAGAGGAGAAGGACGAGGACAUCUCGCCGGACAUGCCUAUCCGAGAUCGGGCUGUCUGCGGCUUCCAAUACGUCGAGAACUUUGAUAACAAGGUGAGUUAAUGACAAAAUAUGGGCAUGUGUAAUCAAUUACGUCUUCCUCAUUAUGAUGACGCAACAUGUUCGUAGUUCCUCUUUAAUAAUUGUAUAGAAUUACACGUGUUUUCAACAGCAAUGUCUAGAUUUUCGAAAAAAAUAACACGGUAUAGUGAAGGCUCUUAAACUAACAGUCCAGCGAAAAGUUGUUGAGGUUUUUAAAAGUACACUUUUACAAACUUCUCUGUAAUUUUUCCAAAAUUUUCAGCGACUUCCUCAAACGAUACCUGAAGUCCAAUGCGUGUGUCAAAAGCCGACAAAAAUGGGGAUUCUCAAUCGUUUCCCAGACGUCUCCUGCGAGCCCAUGAUGUACGAUGUCCCUGUUUUACGCUUUGAUGACAAUUGCAAAUCGUUUACGCAGACAACGCAGCGAAUUUCACUGGCUUGUGUACCUGUGUUUGGUGUGAGUUUCUGCUCCCCAGCCUAUUAUAGAGCACUUUAAAUGUUGAAAACACGACAAAAAACAGUUUAAAAUUGAGUUAUAACGACCCGGUUUCAUAAAAACUCAAUAAGUCGCAUUUUUCAUAAAAAUAUUUAAAUAGACAGUUGAUUGUAAGAAUAUCACAUCAAAAUGUUCUAUGAAAAAGGCCCUUUAGAAUUGCAUAUGUCAAAAUCAUUCCUAAUUUAUAUGUUUUCUAAAGAUUUCUAAAUUCUUUAGAAUUCGUACUUGCGCAUAGUUUAAUUUCGUAUAAUUUGAAUAAAAUUCAUCAUCAUUGCCUGCAAAAAGGUACUCUAAUUUCAACGAAAUUAUGCAGAGAACCCGAAUAAUUGAAAAAUUUUAAAUUCAAAUAGCAUUUUAUUUAAUUUUUGAUGAUUUUAACCAUUCGAUUCCUUCAGGGACAUUCCACGACGGGUAUCCGAAUGCGAACUUCGAGUGGAGUCUCGAUGCCGGUGGAAGUGUGA